AUGAGCUCGUUUUUGGGUCGAAUGAAGGAGUAUCCGUACAUUUCUCUGGACCGGUUCGACAGGGAGAACCUACAUGCCCGGGCAUAUUUCCUCUCCCACUGUCACAAAGACCACAUGAAGGGACUGAAAGGACCUUUUCUGAAGAGAAAACUGCAUAUCAGCCGCACGGUCCGGCUGUACUGCUCCUUUGUGACCAAAGAGCUGCUGCUCAACAACCCAAAGUAUGCCUUCUGGGAGGAAUACAUCGUUCCUCUGGAGCUGGAGAGCCCGACUCAGAUUUCCCUGGUGGAUGAAGCAUCUGGGGAGAAAGAAGACAUCGUGGUGACGUUGCUGCCUGCAGGCCACUGUCCCGGCUCCGUCAUGUUCCUGUUUGAGGGGGCACAGGGGAAUGUGUUGUACACGGGAGACUUCAGGCUGGCCCCCGGAGACGCUUCCAGGAUAGAGCACCUGCACUCUGGCAGCAGGGUGAAAGAUAUUCAGAGCAUUUAUCUGGAUUCAACUUUCUAUGAUCCACGCUUCUACCAGAUCCCCACUCGGGAGCUCUGUUUGAACGGUAUCUCUGAGCUCAUUGGAAACUGGAUCAACCAGAGUUCGUAUCAUGUCGCGUGGCUCAACUGCAAAGCAGCGUACGGAUACGAGUACUUGUUUACCAACCUGGGAGAAACGUUCAACACACAGAUCCACGUCAACAGUCUUGCCAUGUUUAAGAAGAUGCCUGAAAUCCUGAGCUACAUCACCACGGACCGCAGGACUCAGAUCCACGCCUGUCGACACCCAAAGGAUGAGGAGUAUUUCCAGGGUAACAGAGUUCCAUGCGGGUGCACAGCAGCUGACGGGACUCCUCUCCGUAUCAUCAGCAUCAAACCGUCCACCAUGUGGUUUGGAGAAAGGACCAAGAAAACCAACGUAAUAAUAAAGACAGGAGCCAGUUCAUACAGAGCCUGCUUCAGCUUCCACUCCUCCUACUGCGAGAUCAAAGACUUCCUGUCGUAUCUUCAGCCGGUGAACAUCUACCCCAGCGUCAUCCCCAUCGGCCGCACUCUGACUGAAGUCACACAGAUGUUGAGGCUGAUGUGCAGGAACCAGUCCGACCGGUCAGCAUUCGUUUACAAACCUCUGGGGGUCCUCAAACGCAGCAGGGUGCAGCAGCCCACCUACGGCUCACAGAGUGACGAUGAGCUGUUUGACGGUUUGGAACUGGUGCCGGUGAGGAAAAAGAUGGGCCCCAACCAGGAUGCAAAAAGUGGUAAUGUUCCUGACCCUGCAGCUCCUCCCCCCUGCGAGUCCUCACCUCUGAUGGCGUCCGACGUGCAGUCUGCCGCACAAAACUACUUUGACUGCACAGAGUCUAAUGGUGAGGAGGAGGAGGAGGAUGCAGAUGAGGAGGGAAAAGGAGAGCAGGGAGACAAGGACUCUCAGACGUGUCCUGCUCAGGCUCCUAAAUGGGAGGACUUCUUCACCACGGAGACUCUGACUGACAGCCAGAACAGCCAAUCACGGUCCUGCUGCUCUGCCUCCAGAGCCAGCGGCUCUCAGACCCCCGAGCUGUUCAGUGAUGAAGAGGAGGCUGCAGACCGGGCCGGCUUCAGCCUGGCCCUGUCCGCCUCUUCCUCCAGCCACUCCUCACAGAACGUGGACUCCAACGUAGCCGACACCCUGAUCCUGCAGCCGGGCGGGGGGGCGUCUCAGGAGUCCUCUGACUUUGAGGUCGCCUGCACCCCAGAAUCCACAGAACCGCAGCCUGAGGAGCUGCUGCUGCUGUACCGGAAACUGGCCUCAGGAGAGGACGUGAUCACCAGGAAAGGAAGCCAAGGCUCAUCAUGA